CGUCAGAAGCGGACAAAUUCAAGUUGAUGCCUAGGUACGUAUGGUGGGAGCUUUAGACCUGAGGUAAUGAAAGUAGCAGCCGACCCGAAUGGUGAGUGGGCGAAGUUGAAAGAGGAGAUGCAGAGACGUUUCAAGUUAGGUGACGGCCUGCUCACCAAAGAAGACCUAGAUAUGUUGAGACGGGACGAGUUCUCCACAAUGGGGGCCUUUGCCAUGACAUUUGAGAAAAUGGCAAAGAAAGUCCCAGGGUUGGCGGAAGAAGAACAGUGUGUCACUUUCCUGGGGCACUUCAAGAAUUGGGAAGCCUCGUCGCUAACCAAGAAGGCUGCGCCAAGAAAGAAACUGACUUGGGCCGCCAUAAAAGAGGGUGUGAAAGAGGGAGAAUUGGACCAGGGGUCGCAGGGAAAUCAAGGCGGCGGACAUCGACAAAACCAAGGAUGGGGCCGAGGGCGAGGAAAUGGCGGUCGCGGGGGAAACAGAAGAGGAAACGGGGGUGGCAAUUCCAGUGGAAGAGGAAACGGGGGUGGCAAUUCCAGUGGAGGAGGAAAUGGGGAUUAUAAUGCGUCAGGAAAUCAGAGUAGUCAGGAUGGCGGGCGAGGUUUUGGUAGAGGACGGAUAGACUGGAGGAAUGCUAUUUGCUGGCAUUGUGGGCAGAAGGGUCACACCAUCAAGUUCUGCCAUAUCCGAAGGAACGAUGAAGAUGAAGGGCUGAUUAGUACCAACUACGACGGUGACAUGUAUGAUAAGUUUGGAUACUACAUUGACCCAAAGAUCCCUCGUGGGUCGAGAAAGGAGGCCUUGAGACGAGUCGAGGCCGGCGAGUCGUCCGCUCCUCCGGCCAUGUUUCGAAUCUGGCAAGAGGAGGAGGUCCGUCCCGAUAAAAGGGUUGAAGAGAUAGGAGAGAAUGAGGAAGUAGAGCACAAAAGAAAAGUCGGUACGGUCAAGGAAGAACCAAUUGUGGUAGAAUCUGACGAGGAAAUAGAAAGGGGUUACUGGAAUGAGGCCCGGAGAACGAUGGAAAAAAUGGAGGAUCUAGUGGCAAAGAUAAGAAGGGGUGGACUCAAGCAAGGGUCACAAAGGCGGUACAAAAGAGUAGAUCAAAAAUGUCGCCCUGUUCCUGCGCUCGUGACUGAGGAACAAGAAGUUUAUUAUGAUCGGGAACGAGAGUUGAUACGGCAAAUGCGGGAAAAUGCGGAGAAUGGACCAUGCCGUAUCAAUCAAGAAACGGAAGAGGUGCUGAUUAUAGGGGAACCAGAUUUUCUUACAGCGCAGGAGAGACAGUUGAUGGUAGAGACCAUGAGAGGAAAACAUACUGCCUAUGCCUUCAAUGAUGACGAACGUGGCCGCCUGGAUGUUGACAAGAUCCCGAUGAUUCGGAUUCAUACCGUGCCACAUGAACCAUGGAAUCUGCGAGGUGCGAGAUACCCGAAUCCGGCUGACGAAGAAAAGGUGGUAAAUUAUCUUGACGGGAAGAUCCGCUCUCAUGUCUCAGACUACUCGAGUGGACCAUAUGCAUCCCUUUGGUUUUGCUUUGUCAAACCAAAUGGGACACUGAGAUGGGUACAGGAUUUGCAGCGCUUGAAUGCUGUAACAGUGAGAGAUGCAGGGGGUCUCCCUAACGCUGAUGCGCUUUCAGAGGCAUGUGCAGGAAGAUCCAUAAUAUCUCUCAUAGACUGGUAUUCUGGUUAUGACCAGUUUCCUGUUUACCCUUCGGACAGACCAAUGACUGCAACGCAUACCCCUCGAGGGCUGAUUCACAUGAAUGUCGCGCCGCAAGGAUGGACAAAUGCGGUUGUCACGGUCCAAAGACACAUGGUGAGGGCAAUGCAACCAGUGAGUCCUCACAUUACACAACCUUACAUCGAUGUUCUGGCUGUGCAAGAUCUAUGUAAAGCCCUAGACUUGCUAAAGGAGCAUAACCUCACUGCAAGUGGAACAAAGUCCAUGCAUUGUAUGCGUGGAGCAACGAUCUUAGGGUUUGUGUGCGACGAGAAGGGUCGUCGGUCAGCCACUAAGAAAACGAACAAGAUUCUCAAAUGGCCAACACCCUUCGAGACAAUUAUAGAGGCCAGGAGCUUCCUGGGAACAUAUCCAACGAUUGCCAGGUGGUUGACGUACAUCUGGAUGUUUGACUUCGAAUUGGAGCGUAUUCUUGGGAACAAGAAUAGGGCAGAUGGGUUAAGUCGCGUUGACUGGGACAAGAGCAAUAAAGGGGUAAUUGAAGAUACUCCGCCGGUCGACGGUUUUCUGGACAAGGAAGAGGACGUUAAACUCCACAGUAACUCCUGGUCAUUGGCUAUAGGUAACUAUGUUACUCCUGAACGACCCAUAUGGCUCGCACCUCCAGGUCAUGUACGGCGGCCGGAUAUAGUCCUCAAACCUUAUGUUGAGGAAGAUUCUUGGGGAAUGUCAGGAGUGGAGUGGAUGAUGGAGUUGGUCUUGGCGGAUAAAUACCAGCUGCGGGAAGACUUGGUCACAUUGGAGACCGAACCCCAGCAGGUAGAAAAGCAUGAACGAUCGGUAGGUGGAAUGUACCUGUUGGCAGACUCGUUGCUCCAAGAAGAGGUUGCUAGGAUUGAAGAAGAGAGACAAGAUAGAGAGGAGAAUGUGAUCCAUGAAGAGAGACAAGAUAGAGAGGAGAAUGUGAUCCAUAAAGGAGAGGACGAUGACUUUGAAGAAGGUCUGGAGGAUGCGCUGGGAUCUUGGGCCACUGGAUCCGGGGCAGAGGAGCUAGUGAGUGAGCAUAUGGCACAGACAGAUGACAGAACAGCAUGCCCCAUUCCUCCAGAGCAUCCACAGCAGGAGGUCACGAGCGAGGCUACAUUAAUCCCCUCAUUUGUGCCCUCCCAAGGAGCUGACAAGAUGGGGCAGAAGAAGUUUGGAAGAUGUUUCUACUGCAAGAAGGGCAAACACCCUCAGGAGACAUGUCCCAAAAGCCUCAAGGAUGAGGCGAAUGGCUUGUUUUCUUGGGAUCCUUGUGGGGUACGUAGGGAUAAGUAUGGGAACCUGAUCCUAAAGACUCGUGAUGGGAUACGGGCACAGUUGAUUAGGCAGCUGCAGGAGGACAUGAGUGAUCAGGGAUAGGGUUCUUUCAUAGGGUUCGAAAACGUCUAGAUUUUGACAAGUAUAAAGCAUCUCUGGCUCACUACUGAUAGAUGAUUAUAGAAGGGCACAUGGAGGAUUGAAUCACGCCCAUAUACAUCAGUUAGUUGAGUCAUUACUGAGAUGUUUACUUUCGCAUAUUGACUUUCAGGCUUAGUUGUACAUAGGAUGGUAUUGAGUGUGACACUUAUUUCCUCAUUUUUACUUUCACAUUUUUCAGUGUGGUGUGGAGUGUUCUUAGAUAGUGUUUUUGUGUGAGUUUAUGAUUCUUUCUCGUUCAGAGCGGUGUGAGAUCCUGGUUUCUUUUUACCUUGACUCUUACUUUGACACCUUGUUCGGAUACUCUGAGUCCUUGUUGAGUACUGUGACACUUGGUAUAAUACCCAGACUUUUUGUGUGAUACUUAGAUUCUUUGUACGAUACCUUGACCGUUUCGAUAUGGACAGGAGCCUUUGAUUGUUGCAAAGCCCCAGAUUCUGUGUGCAUAUGAGGGUCUCAAACUUCUUUCUUUUUGUGUGGUGUGUCACACUCACUCUUAGUUCGUGGACUUGCUCAUAUGAAUGAUUGUUGUGAUGAAGUAAAUAUUGUAAAAUGAC